AUGGCGUGUUGCCGCGCUUUGGGCAAGAUGGCUGGUUACCACAAACAGAAGCGUCUCCACAAAAGCAUUGAUGAGAUGUUUCCCAUGCCGGAUCCGAUUCCCGCCAUUCCUCCCCUUCCCUCAUUGGAUGCUUUGACCAAGAAGCAAAAUGCGGCCAAGAUCGAUCAGUUUGUUCGCUUUGUGGGUGAGACGGCGAAAGCCGUCAUGCCGGACGAGAUCACAGAUCCAGCAUUCCUGCAGCAGUGGAAGGUUGAAAUCCAAGAUGUUGCAGAGUAUAGCAACGAGAUCAUGUGCUAUUGUUGUGGAGCCGGCGCCAGCAAUCCGCACGACUAUGUCGGCCUCACCCACAACAAUCUUCAAAUUGACAACGCCUUUUUCUGGCGAAAUGAGCAGAAUGAGGUGGAGGUUGGCCUCUUGGAUUGGGGUGUUCUCGCUUGUGGUCCCUUGAUCGGAGCGAUGCAAGGCUGUAUCUCGGGUGCCUCCACGGAGGUCCUUCUGGAGUACCGAGAUACUUUUUUGAAAACUUUCAUUGACAGCUUUGCUGAGAAUGGAGGGCCGCAGUUGGACAUGGAGCGCUUUAAAACGAUGUGCUGCCUGCAAAUGUUGUUGUGGUCCUUCAACAUCACCAGCAAUGUCACGCAAGUGCUGAAGUUCACCAAAGCGGCCGAGUGGCAGGAGAUCAAGGAUUGGAUGGACCCCAGGCUUCUGGAUCGCUUCCAGACACGAGCGCACACCACUCAGUUCAAAGAGGCCUUGCAACUCUACCGCAAGUGGGACCUUUAUGGAGUUUUCCACAAGUGGAAGCGAGACAAUGGAUUGCCGAAGAAAUGA